AUGGUGUCUCCAAAAAAUAUAGGAAAAUAUAAACUUGGCAGAACCAUAGGAGAAGGUACAUUCUCUAAGGUUAAGCUUGCUUUCAAUGGCAACAAUGGUGAGAAGGUAGCAAUCAAGGUCAUUGACAAGAAUAUGGUCUUGAAAAACAAUCUUAAGUAUAAGGUACAAAGUGAGAUUAGAGCAAUGAAACUUCUACAUCAUCCUAAUGUUGUUAGAAUUCAUGAGGUUAUUGGUACAAAGACAAAUAUAUACAUUGUGAUGGAAUAUGUAUCAGGAGGUCGACUGUUGGACAAGAUGUCCUAUGUUGUUAAGUUGAAUGAAUGUGAGGCAAGAAAACUAUUCCAGCAACUUGUUGAUGCUGUCGAUUACUGUCAUAAUAAGGGAGUUUUUCAUCGCGAUUUAAAGCCGGAAAACUUGCUCCUUGACAACCAGGGAAAUCUCAAAGUGUCUGAUUUUGGAUUAAGUGCAUUGAGUAAGCCUAAUGAUGUCUUAAACACAAGGUGUGGAUCGCCGUGCUAUGUGGCUCCUGAGCUGCUGAUGAGCAAAGGGUAUGAUGGAGCAGCUGCUGAUGUUUGGUCAUGUGGUGUGAUUCUUUUUGAGUUACUUGCUGGUUUUCUACCAUUUGAUGACCAAAACUUGACGAGCUUAUACCAUAAGAUAUGCAGAGCAGAAUAUGUAUGCCCCCCAUGGUUUACUCAAAGUCAAAAGAAAUUAAUCACCAAAAUAUUCCAACCGCGUCCUGAAAAGCGGAUAAACAUUUCAGAUAUUAUUGAAAACGAAUGGUUUCAAAUAGAUUACAAACCUUCUUGUGCGUAUGAAAUUGAUCCGAAUACUAACUUGGAUGACAAAAGUGAUGCUUUCGACCCAAUUGAGGAGAAAACUACGAAUUCAACGAUAACCAAAUCGUCGAGCUUCAUUAAUGCGUUUCAACUGAUAGCCAUGUUUCAGGACCUUGAUCUAUCUGCACUUUUUGAAGAACAGGAUCACAAGAAACAGAUGACAAUGUUUGGAUCCCAACAUACAAUCAGUGAAACGGUAGAAAAAAUAGAAGCUGCUGCAACAGAUGUGAGACUGUCGGUGGAGAAAAUGAACAAUUUUAAGAUGAAAAUGCACCCAAAACAGACAUUGACUAGAAGCUCUAGAUCAUGCUUUGACCUAUCUGCUGAGGUGAUAGAAGUUGCUCCAGCUCAUUGUGUUGUACAAAUAUCAAAAUCUGCAGGAGAUCUAAGAAAAUACAAUGAAUUUUGUGAAAGUUUAUCAAGUCUGCUGAAAGAAAAAUCUAGUAUUCCAUCACAUGACCAAGACUCUGAGGAUCAAUGCAAAGUUAGCAGCAUAAAAAAGAAAAAUGAUGAAUGCUAUGCAAAGCCAAACAGAGAAGAUUUUCGUGGCUAUAACUCUGCUUGA